CUGAGCGCCGCGCGCCCGGCGUUGUGGAGGGACGCGCCGCUCCCUCACGGUUCCUGGACGUCUGGGAAACAGGGGUAGUGAGGCCGUCCCCUCCUUGUCCCCAUCACACUCGCAUCCCCCGGGGAUGCGGACGACGGGUCCCGACGCCGCGGGGACGGGAGGGAGAAGAUGGAGCAGGAACCCUGAUUGCUGUCUUCAGCGUUGUUCAUUAUGAAGUUAUUAGUAAUACUUCUAUUUUCUGGACUUACAAUUAGCUGUAGAGGUAACUCUUCCUAUAGUUUGCCACCCAAGUUACUACUGGUGUCCUUUGACGGCUUCAGAGCUGAUUAUCUGCAGAACUAUGAAUUUCCUCAUCUCCAGAAUUUUAUCAAAGAAGGUGUCUUAGUAGAACAUGUUAAAAAUGUUUUUAUUACAAAAACAUUUCCAAACCACUACAGCAUCGUGACAGGCUUAUAUGAGGAAAGCCACGGCAUUGUGGCCAACUCCAUGUAUGACAACGUCACAAAGAAACAUUUUUCUGACUCUAAUGAUAAGGAUCCUUUUUGGUGGAAUGAGGCAGUACCUAUUUGGGUGACAAAUCAACUUCAAGAAAACAGAUCGAGUGCUGCUGCUAUGUGGCCUGGUACUGAUGUACCCAUUCAUAAUACCACACCUUCCUAUUAUAUGAAUUACAGCUCCUCAGUGUCAUUCAAGGAGAGACUAAGUAAAAUUACCACAUGGCUAAGCAAUUCCAACCCACCAGUCACCUUUGCAACACUCUAUUGGGAAGAACCAGACGCAAGUGGCCACAAAUAUGGACCUGAAGAUAAAGAAAACAUGCGUAGGGUGUUGAAAGAAAUAGAUGACCUAAUUGGUGACUUAGUUCAAAAACUCAAGAUGUUAGGAUUGUGGGAAAGUAUUAAUGUGAUCAUUACAAGUGAUCAUGGGAUGACCCAGUGUUCUGAGAACAGACUGAUAAACUUGGAUCACUGCAUCGAUCACUCAAACUACAGUCUUAUAGAUUUGACCCCGGUUGCUGCAAUACUUCCCAAAAUAAAUGUAACAGAGGCUUAUGACAAACUGAAAAAAUGUAACUCUCACAUGAAUGUUUAUCUCAAAGAAGAUAUUCCUAACAGAUUUUAUUACCAACAUAAUGAUAGAAUCCAGCCUAUUAUUUUGGUUGCUGAUGAAGGUUGGACAAUUGUACUAAAUAAAUCAGCAUUAAAAUUAGGUGACCAUGGUUAUGACAAUUCUUUGCCUAGUAUGCAUCCGUUUCUAGCUGCCCAUGGUCCUGCAUUUCACAAAGGCUACAAGCACAGCACCAUUAACAUUGUGGAUAUUUAUCCAAUGAUGUGCUAUAUCCUGGGAUUAAAGCCACAUCCCAACAAUGGAACCUUUGGUCAUACCAAGUGUUUGUUAGUUGACCAGUGGUGCAUUAAUCUCCCAGAGGCCAUUGGCAUUGUUAUCGGUGCGCUCUUGGUGCUGACCACGCUAACAUGCCUCAUACUAAUCAUGCAGAACAGAACGUCUGUGCCCCGUCCAUUUUCCCGACUCCAGCUUCAAGAUGACGACGACGAUCCUUUGAUUGGGUGAUUUGCUGGGGCUUAUUUAGAGUGUCUUCAGUUAAUCUUAGAACUAAGGAUACAUCCAAGGAAUAGUAUUUUAACCAUGAAAAUGUACGCUUGAAAAGAGGACUUAAAUCAACCAUGCUAAAAUUGUUUUGUUUUUCCGUGUGUUUUGUUUUGGUGUAUUUGCUAACAAAAUAACUGUGACCAUAGUAAAAUCGCUAGUUGGUCAGUUAACAGUGUUUUCUACCAAGAUAAAUAGCUUUUGGGAACAAAAACUCCAUCUACCUUUUUAAAAGCAAUGAAUGUGAUACAUCUUUAAAUGAAAAUACACCAAAAUUUAAUAGGCAUGUUUUUCUAAUAUAUAUAUAUAUUUAUAAAUGAAACAA